GGUUACGAAUUCAGUCCAUUACAGAAUUUUCGGUCACGCCAAUUUCUUUUUAAUCUAAAUCAAUUCUGCAUUUGAGGAAAUACCAAAGCUUCUUACUCUGAAGAAAAGAGAGAGAGAGAGAGAGAGGAAAAAACAAAAACAAAAUGGAGAAUCUGUUAGGCCUUCUAAGACUUCAUGUGAUUAGAGGUGUUAAUCUCGCCAUUAGAGAUUCUAAAAGUAGCGAUCCUUACGUCAUUGUUCGUAUGGGUCAACAGAAAUUACGAACUCGUGUGGUGAAAAAGAAUUUGAAUCCAGAAUGGAAUGAGGACUUGACACUCUCUAUUUCUGAUCCAAUUCUUCCUAUCAAAAUCAUGGUUUACGAUAGGGACUGGUUCUCAAGGGAUGAUAAGAUGGGAGAUGCGGUUUUUCACAUUGACCCAUUCCUUGAAGUCAUCAGGAUGAAAAACCAGCUCGGAGGACUCCCCGAAGGAACCGUAAUAAUGAAAAUACAGGCAAGCAGGCAGAACUGUCUAUCAGAAGAGAGCAAGAUUGUGUGGAACAAAGGAAAGAUUGUCCAGAAUAUGUUCCUUAGGCUCCAGAACGUUGAGUGUGGAGAGGUCGAGCUUCAGCUUGAGUGGAUAGAUGUCUCAGGUCUUGAGCAUGAGGAUGUUGCUUACUAGAUCUAUUUUUAUAUUACAGGAAGUUUGUUAGAAAGUUUUUUUAAUACAUGACUUUUAUAGAAAUUUCUUGUUUCAAAUCAGCUAGCGUUUUCAAUUUUCAAUAUAAAAUAUAUUAACUUUUUAUGUUA